GGGCCGACGCCGCCGUGGAGUUGCAAGUCGGCGAAAGCGGCGGGAAGUUCGUACAGUGCAGAAGGCGACGCAUCUCCGGCUCGGGUGUCACGUUCAGCUUGGCUGUGAGUGAGCAAGGUGGACCCCGAUUCACUGCCGAAAGCGGAGGGGUGAGAGGGGAAGCCUGGAGCGCUGGGUGUCGCCAGCUUUGCCUUUUCUGUGAAGCCAAAUGACCGGACAGCCACCAUUCCCUUGUCGCUGUUCGGGAACGUCCUCUCCUCCGCUGUGGUGACUUGUAACGAAGGCCCGUGGCGUUGAGGCCGUGGAGUCAGUGAAAAUGCCUCGCGUAAAAGCCGCUCAAGCUGGAAGACAGGGCCCUGGAAAGAGACGACUUGCGGAAAACUUUGCCCCUGGGGAGGUGAUCACGGACAUGGCGAAGAAGGAGUGGAAGCUGGGCGCUCCCGUUGGCCAGGGCGGCUUCGGUUGUAUCUAUCUCGCUGAUAUGAAUUCUUCAAAAUCGGUGGGCAGCGAUGCACCUUGUGUUGUAAAAGUGGAGCCCAGUGACAACGGACCUCUCUUUACUGAACUGAAGUUCUACCAGCGAGCUGCCAAACCAGAGCAAAUUCAGAAGUGGAUUCGUACCCAUAAACUGAAGUACCUGGGUGUUCCUAAGUAUUGGGGGUCUGGCCUACAUGAUAAAAACGGAAAGAGUUACAGGUUUAUGAUAAUGGAUCGCUUUGGGAGUGACCUUCAGAAAAUAUACGAAGCAAAUGCCAGAAGGUUUUCUCGGAAAACUGUCUUGCAGCUAAGCUUGAGAAUUCUGGAUAUUCUGGAAUAUAUUCACGAGCACGAGUAUGUACACGGAGAUAUCAAGGCCUCAAAUCUUCUUUUGAGCUACAAGAAUCCUGACCAGGUGUACUUGGUAGAUUAUGGCCUUGCUUACCGGUAUUGCCCAGAAGGAAUUCAUAAAGAAUACAAAGAAGACCCCAAAAGAUGUCACGAUGGCACUAUUGAAUUCACCAGCAUCGAUGCACACAAGGGUGUCGCCCCGUCAAGACGUGGUGAUUUGGAAAUCCUUGGUUAUUGCAUGAUCCAGUGGCUUAGUGGCCAUCUUCCUUGGGAGGAUAAUUUGAAAGAUCCUAACUAUGUUAGAGAUUCCAAAAUUAGAUACAGAGAAAAUAUUGCAGAUUUGAUGGACAGAUGUUUUCCCGAGAGAAACAAGCCAGAUGAGAUUGCUAAAUACAUGGAAACAGUGAAAUUACUGGACUAUGCCGAGAAACCUCUUUAUCAGAACUUGCGAGACACUCUCCUGCAAGGACUGAGAGCUAUAGGAAGCAAGGAUGAUGGCAAGCUGGACCUCAGCCUCAUGGAGAAUGGAGGCUUGAGAACAAAGUCAAUAACGAAGCGCAAGAAAGGAAUUGAGGAGAGCACCAAAUCCAGUGUCGAAGAUAUGGAAUGCUCCGAUACACAGACGGAAGAGGCCACAAAAACCCUCCGUGUUUCAGAGGACUUGGCCAGUCUCUGUUCGUUCAUAACCCAGCGUCCACGUUCUGACAGGUGUUCCUGGCACCACGCGGUCCUGCCUUCUCUGCCGUUUUCCUCGGUCGUUAGUGAGCUGAGAUGGUCUGGUCUCUGGAGGAUCGAUACCUGUGCCAGGCUCUUGUCCUUCACACGUGGGGCAGUAUGUGCUCUAGAUGUUCUAGAAAGCAACCGAUACAUCUUUGGUAACCAACUGAGCCCUGAAGUAAAACAGCUUCUAGGUAGUUUUCAGUGGUGACCUCAUAAGACAAAU